GGAUCCGUGUGGACCACAGCUUCCAGCCCGCUGUAGCAGCGGCUGAGGGGGACGGACACACCAGCCGGGCACGUUCCCUCCGACACACACACACACACACACACACAUACACACACACACACACGCAUACACACGUAUAUACACACACACACGCGCUCAUUCGCAUACACACCUCAUCAUUCCCAGCAGCAUCAACACACACGCGCACACACAAUAUCAGGCUGGAAGGGAAGAAGCAGCCGGUCUGCAGAAAUCGGUUUGGAGAGCUGUCUGAAGACAGCCAGCAGCUGAUUUAAUCCACACAGAGUGGAUUCAGACUUGGUUUCCCCCUCAACCACCCGGACUCUCCUGUCGUGGGCUCAAAGCGUUCAGUGUGACAGCGACACACCCGACCAUGGACGGGAACAGGAAGUGGGGUCCUGGCUUCAGAGCGGUGCUGUUGAUACUCCUGAGUCACAUGACCUCAGCGCUCGAAGUGCCUCUUGAUCCUAAAGUACUGGAAGGAUUGCCCCAACCCCCCACCAUAACACUACAGUCCCCGAAGGAUUACAUCUUUGAUCCACGGGAAAACAUCGUCAUCCACUGCGAGGCCAAGGGGAAGCCUCAACCCAGCUUUUCGUGGACCAGAAAUGGGACCCACUUUGACGUGGAGAAAGACUCAAAGGUCUUGAUGAAGCCUGGAUCAGGAACUCUUGUCAUCGACAUCAGCGGGGAGAAGGCCGAGGCGUACGAGGGAACGUAUCAGUGCACGGCCCACAAUGAGCACGGCACUGCCGUCUCCAAUAACAUUGUCAUCAGACAGUCCAGGUCCCCCUUAUGGUCGAAGGAGAGAAAUGAGGUCAUUGUGGUGCAGAUGGGGGUCUCCCUGGUGCUGCAGUGCCGGCCCCCCGCGGGGCUCCCCCCUCCUGUUAUCUUCUGGAUGGAUAACAACUUUCAGAGGCUGCCAUUGGAUAAGCGAGUGUCCCAGGCCCUCAAUGGAGACUUGUAUUUUUCCAAUGUUCUCCCAGAAGACACCCGGAGUGACUACAUUUGCUACGCUCGCUUCCCGCACACACAGACCAUCCAGCAGAAACAGCCGAUUUCAGUCACUGUGCUGAACAACAGCCCGGAGGGGGAGCGCCGCCCUGGUUUCAUGCUGCCUCUGGGCACCACCAGCACCAAGAUGGUUCUGAGAGGGGAGACUCUCGAGCUGGAGUGCAUCGCUGAUGGCUUGCCCACUCCAGACAUUUCCUGGGAGAAGGACGGAGGCGAGCUCCCUAGCAGCAGGGCGUCCUUCCUCAACUACAAGAAAACCCUCAAGAUCUCCGACGUGAAUGAGGCCGACGGCGGCGAUUACCGCUGCAUGGCGUCGAACGUCCUGGGAAACGUACACCACAUCAUCAAGGUCACCGUCAAAGCGGCUCCUUUCUGGGUCAGCGCUCCCAGGAACCUGAUCCUCGCUCCCAACGAGACUGGCAUCCUGACUUGUCGGGUCAGCGGAGAGCCCAAGCCCAGGAUCAGCUGGUUUGUUAACGGAGUUCCCGUCGAGAAUGCGCCUGAGGAUCACACGCGCAAAGUGGACGACGACACUGUGAUCCUCAGCAACGUGCAGUCCGGGUCCAGCGCCGUGUACCAGUGUAACGCGUCCAACGAGUUCGGCUACCUGAUGGCCAAUGCUUUUGUCAGCGUUCUUGCUGAAGCUCCCAGGGUGCUCACUCCGCCCAACCAAGUCUAUAAGGUCAUCACUAAUCACCCUGCACUACUGGACUGUGCUUCUUUUGGCUCACCGAUACCGAGCAUCACAUGGUUCAAAGACAAUCAGAUCAGCAUUAAGAGCAGUGACCCAUAUGUGAUCCAUGAGAAUGGCACGCUGGAAAUCAUCGUGGCCCAGCCAGUGCAUAGCGGGAAGUACACCUGCAUCGCCACCAACAACCUGGGGAUCAAGGAGAACCACGUCUCCCUGGAGGUUAAAGAACCGACUCGCAUCCUGAAGCAGCCUGAGUACAAGGUGGUGCAGAGAGGAAUGAGCGCCGUGUUCGAGUGCAAAGUCAAGCACGACCCGUCACUCAUUCCCACCAUGACCUGGCUCAAAGACCAAGGAGAGCUGCCGGACGAUGAAAGGUUCGAGGUGGACAUGGACAGCCUGACCAUCAAAGAUGUGACGGAUGAAGACGAGGGUAGCUACACCUGCGUCAUGAACACCACCCUGGACCAUGACUCGGCCAGCGCCAUGCUGACUGUCGUCGAGGCAACUCCUACUCCAGCAAUCGUCUACGAGAAGCCAGACCCUCCCACUGACCUCGAACUGACGGACCAGACGGAGCGGAGCGUCCAGCUCACCUGGAGCCCCGGAGACGAACACAACAGCCCCACUCAGAAGUUUUUGAUCCAGUAUGAGGAUCUGCUUCACCAGCCGGGAAUUUGGGUCAACCUGACCGAAGCAUCAGGCAUGAGCACCACGGUGCAGCUGGCCCUCUCGCCGUACGUCUACUACUCCUUCAGAGUGCUGGCUCUGAACGACGUGGGCUACAGCGACCCCAGCCUGCCCUCGCGCCAAUACAGGACGAAUCCUGCAGCUCCUGAUGAAAAUCCAUCAGGAGUUGAAGGAGCGGGAUCAGAGCCUGGUAACUUGGUCAUCACCUGGACGCCGUUGACCGGACUGCAGUCCAACGGGCCCGGUCUGGAGUACAAAGUCCACUGGAGACGGAAAGAUGUUGAAGACGACUGGUCGUCACAGAAUGUGGCCAACGUGUCGCAGUUUGUUGUGUCCGAAACUCCGACCUACGUGCCGUACGAGAUCAAGGUUCAGGCGCUGAACGAUUAUGGCGUUGGCCCCGAUCCUGAAGUAGUGGUUGGAUUCUCUGGUGAAGACUUGCCUUUGUCUGCUCCGGAGAGCAUCCAGGUCAUGGUUCAUAACAGCACCCUCGCAGAAAUCCACUGGGAGCCCGUAUCCACCUCCUCAGUGCGGGGAAAGCUACAGGGAUACAAGGUGUACUACCACCGGGACCGUGGCCUUCAUGAGACCGAGGGGCAGCCAGACCAGCAGCAGCAGGUCUUGACGUUCGGUGGGAACCGCAGUGAGGGGCGCCUGCCCGGUCUGAAGCCCUACAGCGUCUACAGCCUCUUCAUCAAGGUCCUGAACAGCAAAGGGGAGGGGCCUUCAAGCAGCAUCAGGACAUUUGAAACGCCCGAAGGAGUCCCAGGGCCUCCCUCUUUUCUAAACGUGCUCAACCCAAGUUUGGACUCGCUCACCGUGAAGUGGGGUCCACCUGAAAAUAACAAUGGCCGCCUCGCCGGGUACACCCUCAAAUAUCAACCAGUCAACAAAACAAAUGAAUUAGGACCAAUCAAAAUCCUGACUUUCCUACCCAACGAGACCACGGCGACCCUGAGCAGCCUGAACGCCAGCAUGCUCUACAAGUUUUACAUCAGUGCAAAGACAAUCAAGGGUUCUGGCCCCUUCAUCUCUGAAGAGGCCUUCACAGCAAUGGACACAACUCGUACUCAGCCCACUGUAGAGACGGGCAAAGGCCCCACAGAGCCCCCCCACCCAACCUCCCCCAUCACUCAGUCUCUGCAUUCCCCGUUUCACAAGGCGCCUCCCGUUGGCCCGGCGUUUGGGACAGUUAACACUUCUGUAUUAGAGGACGGUGCAGUGAUCAGUUGGGAGUAUUUUGGACACCAUAAGACUGUAUAUGUGGAAUAUAUUGUAGAAAACAGUAAAGAGGACUGGAAAAAGGAGUUGGUUAACGGGUCACACUCUCAUAUGAUAAAGGGUUUAAAGCCGGGAACGUCGUAUAGGGUGCGUGUGGUAGCUAGAGAUGCGGCCGACCCGACAGCCCACAGCUCAGACGAGGUGCUGGUGGCGGUGCCAGCGGCGCCCAGCCGGCAGGUAGACAUCGCCACCCAGGGCUGGUUUAUUGGACUCAUGUGCGCCAUUGCUCUGCUCAUUUUGGUGCUGCUUAUAGUGUGCUUCAUCAAAAGAAACAAGGGGGGCAAAUAUCCAGUCAAAGAAAAAGAAGAUGCUCACCAGGAUCCAGAGAUCCAACCCAUGAAGGAGGAUGAUGGGACAUUUGGAGAGUACAGGUCGAUGGAGAGUGACACGGAGGACCACAAGCCGCUGAAGGGCAGCCGGACGCCGUCCAACGGGACGGUGCGCCGCGACGAGAGCGACGACAGCCUGGUGGACUACGGGGAGGGCGGGGACGGGCAGUUCAACGAGGACGGCUCCUUCAUCGGCCAGUACAGCGGCAAGAAGGAGAAGGACACGCACGAAGGCAACGAGAGCUCGGAGGCGCCGUCUCCCGUCAACGCCAUGAACUCCUUCGUGUAACCGAGGGGCCGCCGCCCGGCUGCGUCCCGGCCGCUGCGGCCCCCCCGCUCGCGUCGCCCCGGCAAACGUGACCACGGAGGCCGCCUUCCGCGGUGACGGUUGCCGAGGCGACAGUUUGCUGUGAACACCUACUUGUACCCCUGCGGUGGCUGUCGCUCCGGCGGCCGCGGCCGCCCCGUCACCGAGACUGCUGACACGUCCUUAUCUCCACCCCCACCCCCCCCGAGUCACACUGUGACCUACUCCGAUCAACACGCACACCCAACACGGCAGAGAUUGACACCCCCUCCACCCCCCCCCCAACACCACCAUGAAAAGGUGUGAAUCGAGAGAGCAAGCAAUAUGGGAUAGCGGAAGGAAUGUACCAGAACCAGAAGGGGUUUUUUUUACCACUCAGACUGAGCAUGAUUGUGGCAAAAGUGUGUGCGUUUGUGCCAUUUGAUCCUUUUUGCAAACUAAAUAUGACAUAUCCAAAUAUAUAUAUAUAUAUAUAUUUUAAUGAAGUAUAGUACGUGACCCACAGGCAGGCAGAUAUGCAUUGAAUCACCUUCGUAAACAUCUGCAUGAAGUUCUUAUCAUGAUUCUCUCAAGUGUUUCGGCUCCCUGGUGUCGGGAAAAGCUGCGUGUGGAAAAACGUCCGUGGUGCACGCCUUCAUGCAGAUGGAUAUGCCUUCUAUUGUUUUCUUUGUUUUCACUCGGAAAGUGUUUAAAUGGCUUGUGAUGUGCAGACGACGUGUCGCGGCGGCGGCACGUUUGAAGACAGUGCUGUGAAACGUGUGACUCAAAGUAGAAACAAGCGUAAUGUUUGUGUUUUUGGUUUGUUUUUUUGGUUUUUUUUUUUUUUGAGACAGAUGGACUGUACAUAUGUAAUAGAGUAAGAGGAAAGCUAUAUUUCAAGGUCAGGUGUGUCCAUGCAUUGAACCCGGCGCUUGGCCACGCCCCCCCCCCCCAUGCCAAAACUCCCACACCGAACUCCAGUCGGCCUGUUCUGAAUUCACCGUUUCUCGCUCGCAUUUCUUUCUCGGGUCGGUUUCGAGUCGCUGUUUCUUGAACAGGAGUUGAGGAGUGAUUGAUCCAGUGUCGUCCUGAAGUGCUUCCACCUCACGGCCGCCGUCGACGGCCUUGUUUUCCUUUUUUUUCCAGGAAGAUCUGCUCACACGCAGAGACAGGACACAUUGUAGUUUCUGGAUAUUCGGCUGUUUGAUGAUCAAGACGCUCUCAGCACAGUUUCUAGUGCCUUUGUAGAGAAAACUGACCCAGAUUCCUCCUCUGUUUCAUCAGUCUUCAUAUAAAAAAAAAAAAAAAACAGACCAGAGCUGAUCAAAAAUACGACUACUACUUAAAACCUCGCUGUACAGAUUGCUGCAAACGUUCAAAAACUACUUUAAACAUGCAGGAUUCAGCUUGAUGAGGGAGUUAUGACAAUUUUAUGAGCGGUUUGAUUUUGGGAGUCCGGGAAACCUACACAGAUCUCAAAACAACUUCAAGACAAUAGACCAGUUUCUCAGUUUUAUAGCGGCAACAGUUAAGAAGAACACUAGUCAGGUUCAGAUUGUUAUGGCCGAGUGACAAUCAUGUUAUCCAGCUACCAUCUGCUCAUGCAGCAAAACCCGACCGGGAAUCCGACAACAGACGAGUAUUAAAACCAUCAGCGUGUAGGAGACCGGAGUUCACGCAGCCAUCACUUCAGAGCAUCCUCUUCCUCAUCCGUUCACCGUGAGGAUUAAACUACUGCCAACCUGGUCACCAGGUAACCGCCGAUAGGGAGCAGUGAAGACUCGCUGGCGCCUACUGGUGGCUCUUUCAAACGACGGGGGUGGAAAAUGGCGUUAAAAUGCUGAAUGUGGAAACAAGUUUUUUUGUUUUUUUUUUCCUGUUUAUACGAAUGAAAAUAUUGCUUUUCUUUUCUCCCCCCCCCUCUGCAAACGGGAAACACAGCGGUGACUCUGGUUUAUGCAUUUACCCUUAUAUAUGUGUAUGUUGUUUUCAUUGGGAGUGCACCACUCAGUGUGUUUUUAUUACUGUAAACGAAUGGACUUACGGGCGAAUGUCAAAGCGUGUGUGUGUGUGUGAAUGAGUGAGCGUGUGUGUGUGUGUGUGUGUGUGGGGCACAUGCAUGCUACCGUGUUACAGCGUGCGUGAUGUAUACUACUGCUUUCUAUCUCUGGUCUAUAAUUCCAAUGUGUGUCCAGCAGUCUCCGGACAGGAGAUCGGAGACUUUCUUUCAGAAAACAUUUCCAUGUCUUAGUUUUAUCAUAACUUGCAUCAAGUUUUUAGGUUGCAAUGUGUCAGCUUUCCAGGUGUAGAUAUUUUUGUUUUCUUUCUUUUUUUUUUUCUUUUUUCUGUAAAUAAUGGCUUGAACUGAGCGUUGACCUGUUGAGGGUGGAGGUCGGAGCUUGACCUCAACCGGCCCGUGCUGCAUUAUGGGUAGGGGUUGAGGUUGAGAAAACGGCAUUGUGUGAGAUGAGACUAUUUACGGUUUUCACUCUUUCAUUUAGUGUGCAAUUGUUUUAUUAUUAUGAUUAUUAUAUAUUUUUUUUUUACUUCUCAGCUAAAUUUGCAAGGUCAGCCGUUCAGCCAAUCAGGAGAUUAUUUAACUCGUGAGUGAUUGAAACUCUUGUGACACCUGUAUUUGUUUCUGUCUCUUGACAGUUCACGCACAUUUUCUGUAUUUUUUUUCUUAUACCAAUGCACACAGUUACACAGGCCGUUACAUUUCAGCGUAAUCCACCGAUGUAACUUAGGACAGCAUUUGGUGUCCGGGUGAAGUGUGUUGUCCUGAACAAGACAAAAAAAAAAAAAAAAGAAAAAGAAAAAAAAAAAAGACAUAUCCUCCUGA